CUGGGUGACUGGGUGACUGGGUGACUGGUUGACAAUUACAUAAACAGCAGUCUAUGGCAGUUUGGUUGUGUUCACCGUCUCUCUUCUUGUCCAUCUCACUCUCUGCUAAUAAGUUCCCAACAGUAACGGUCACUUUUCCUCCAUUCCCCCAUAAGGCCCUCUCAUCUUCCCCAAUUAAUAAAUUAACCAAACGGCUAUAUUCCCUUCUCUCUAUUUCUCUGUCUCUCGAAAAACCCUACGCCAAUUUCACUUUGUAAAUUAACUUUAGCAUCAUCUGCUCUCCCUCUCUCUCUCUCUCUCUCUCUUUCCCAAAAUGCACAAAGGCUUAGCUUUCUGCCUCCUCCUUUCACUCUCCCUCUGUAACUUGAUCCCGGCCUCCAUGGCCAGGGCCGGCGUCGUUACCAUGGAGCUGUGGUGCGUGGCGAAGAACAACGCCGAGGACGCCCAGCUGCAGUCGGCACUGGACUGGGCCUGCGGAGCCGGUGGGGUGGACUGCAGCCCAAUUCAGCAAGGUGGGCCCUGCUACGACCCCACCGACAUCCAAAACACCGCAUCCUACGCCUUCAACGACUACUUUCUAAAACACGGCAUGACUGACGAAAGCUGCAACUUUGAUAACACUGCCGCUCUCACUUCUUUGAACCCCAGUUAUAAUAAGUGCAAAUUCACAUCCAGCUUGUCAUCGAGCAAUGCAAGCCUUUCAAGUCCAUCAACAGCGUAUGGAAUGGGGCCCAGUGAAGAUCUCAACGGCAGCAAUCAGAUUUCUCAGCUAUGGAUUUGGCAUCUCAUGACCAGUCUUGUGCUCAUUGCAUUUUCAUGGUUAAUGGGUUAGCUUUGCCCCUUCAUUGAAUUAAAGCUAUCAACGCCAAGGGGAACAAAAAGGGAAAACGAAAACGAAGACCCUUUUUGUUUUUUUGUUACAUGACAAUUCUACACCUAGGAGAUUAAAAAUAGAAUUAGAUUGCUUUCGAUUUUGUUAUCUGUGUGAGCUUUUUGUAAUUUGGUUCACAAAAUCAAGCAGAUCAAUAUAUUAUGUGUCUUGCAACCAA